GGCAGCACCUCGUUCCCUGCCCAGCAUGGGGCCCCAGAGCGGGUGAAGGGGGAGGAAAAUAACCAUCACAACAACAAUAAGGACGGGGAUUACCUCAAACCCCAAGCAGCCGCCGUCACCACCACCAGAUGGGAAAACACCGCCUUUAAGAGAUGCAAUACCAUAACCUCACACAAGAGGAUAAUAGUUUCCUCAUGCUAACAUCAUAAGGGCUGCAAGUGAAGACAACACGCUGCUGCAUUUUGACCCUUCCCGAAGAUAUUGCUGUGGUCAGAUAGUGAAAGGAGUUUUCUGCUCCAUGACAACAUGUCAUUACGAGAUAUCAGCCCCCGGCAUGGUGCAAAAUCCCGCAGUAUGCAGAGAGCUUCAACGAUCGAUGUUGCCUCUGACAUGUUAGGUUUAUCUCUGACAGGAAAUAUCCAGGAUCCCGAUGAGCCAAUCUUAGAAUUCAGUUUAGCUUGCAGUGAGCUGCUUACUCCGUCGCUAGAUAGGAAGCCAAAUAGUUUUGUAGCAGUGAGCGUAACUACACCUCCUCAGGCCUUUUGGACAAAGCAUGCACAGACAGAAAUUAUCGAGGGAACAAGCAAUCCCAUCUUUCUCAGCAGUAUUGCCUUUUUUCAAGACUCUCUUAUUAAUCAGAUGACACAAAUAAAACUUUCUGUAUAUGAUGUUAAAGAUAGAUCUCAGGGAACUAUGUAUUUAUUGGGUUCUGUGAUGUUUACUGUAAAGGAUCUACUGAAGGAAAGACACCAUAGGUUACAUUUAACACUAAGAUCUGCUGAAAGUCUUCGUGUUGGCAACGUUACAGUCAUAGGAUGGCAAAUGGAAGAAAAAACGGACCAAAGACCUCCUGUUACCAGGUCUCCUGAUAUGAUCAAUGGAAGGACUGUGCUGCCUGUUGAUGAAAGUUUAACAGAGUCAUUAGGAAUCCGAUCCAAGUACGCUUCAUUACGGAAAGAUUCUUUAUUAAAGUCUGUGUUUGGAGGAGCCAUUUGUCGGAUGUAUCGUUUCCCCACCACAGACGGGAACCAUCUGAGAAUAUUGGAGCAAAUGGCAGAGAGUGUCCUCUCCCUACACAUUCCCAGGCAGUUUGUGAAAUUGCUCCUUGAGGAAGAUGCUGCAAGGGUUUGUGAACUUGAGGAACUGGGAGAGCUGUCUCCUUGCUGGGAAAGUCUUCGGCGGCAAAUAGUGACUCAAUACCAAACUAUCAUUCUGACCUACCAGGACAACCUCACAAACCUUCAUCAGUACAAAGGUCCAUCUUUCAAAGCAAGUAGCCUGAAAGCUGACAAGAAGUUGGAAUUUGUUCCCACGAAUUUACACAUCCAGCGUAUGAGAGUCCAAGACGAUGCAGGUUCAGAUCAAAACUAUGACAUCGUAACCAUAGGAGCCCCAGCAGCUCAUUGUCAAGGCUUUAAAUCUGGCGGUCUUCGGAAAAAGCUGCAUAAAUUUGAAGAUGCAAAGAAACACAGUUAUGAGGAAUGUUGCACUGCAACCACAACACAGUCAAUAAUAUACAUACCACAGGACAUUGUACGAGCAAAGGAGAUUAUUGCACAAAUCAAUACCCUGAAAACUCAAGUGAGUUACUAUGCAGAAAGACUCUCCAGAGCUGCCAAGGACAAAUCAGCCAAUGGACUUGAAAGAACUCUUGCCAUUUUGGCUGAUAAGACAAGGCAGCUUGUCACCGUCUGUGACUGUAAGCUGCUAGCAAAUUCAAUACAUGCACUGAAUGCUGCAAGACCAGAUUAUAUAGCAUCAAAGGCAUCUCCAACCUCUACAGAGGAAGAACAAGUGGUGCUAAGGAAUGAUCAAGACACUCUGGUGGCCAGAUGGACAGGCAGAAAUAGUCGCUCUUCUUUGCAGGUAGACUGGCAUGAAGAAGAAUGGGAAAAAGUCUGGAUCAAUGUUGACAAAAGUCUAGAAUGCAUUAUCCAGAGGGUGGACAAGCUUCUUCAGAAAGAGCGAUUACAGAGUGAUAGCUGUGAAGAUGUUUUCCAAUGUGACGUCAGCUGUUCUAGCAAGAAAGGUAAACGGGAUACCCGUGCAUACUGGAUAAAGCCAAACGCCUUAAAUUCAACCUCAACACCUUCAUCACCCCAAUCAUCUCCAUCAUCAUCUCCAUCAUCAUCUCCAUCCAUAUCAUCCUCUGCAUGCCAUUGUCCCAGAAUCACAAAUUCCAGCCCUACUCCUGAAGAAUCCGGCCCAGGUGAAUGGAGCGAGGCUCUUUACCCUCUGCUGACAACACUCACAGACUGUGUGGCCAUGAUGAGUGACAAAGCAAAGAAAGCCAUGGUCUUCCUCUUGAUGCAGGAUAGCGCUCCGACAAUAGCUCUUUGCCUGAGCCUUCAGUACCGGAGGGAUGUUGUCUUUUGCCAAACUCUUACAGCCCUGAUCUGUGGCUUUAUCAUCAAGCUAAGGAACUGCCUGCAUGAUAAUGGAUUCCUGAGGCAGCUUUACACCAUUGGCCUGCUGGCACAGUUUGAAAGCCUUUUGAGCACUUAUGGUGAAGAGCUGGCAAUGCUGGAGGAUAUGAGUUUGGGAAUAAUGGACUUGAGGAACGUGACAUUUAAAGUAACUCAGGCCACGUCGAAUGCAUCUGCUGAUAUGCUGCCAGUCAUCACAGGAAACCGUGAUGGGUUUAAUGUGCGGAUUCCAUUGCCAAGCACCUUGUUUGAUGCGCUGCCCCGUGAGAUUCAGAGUGGCAUGUUGCUGCGAGUUCAACCUGUUCUCUUCAAUGUGGGAAUCAACGAACAACAAACCUUAGCAGAGAAAUUUGGAGACACCUCAUUGCAAGAAAUGAUUAACAUGGAAAGCUUAGUGCGACUCAAUUCUUACUUUGAGCAGUUUAAAGAAGUUUUACCUGAAGACUGUCUACCUCGAUCCCGUAGUCAAACGUGCCUCCCUGAACUUUUGCGAUUUCUAGGACAGAAUGUACAUGCAAGGAAAAAUAAGAAUGUUGACAUUCUUUGGCAAGCUGCUGAGAUUUGCCGCAGGCUCAAUGGGGUCCGGUUUACAAGCUGUAAAAGUGCCAAGGACAGGACUGCCAUGUCAGUGACUCUGGAGCAGUGCCUAAUAUUGCAGCAUGAACAUGGCAUGGCCCCACAGGUCUUUACACAGGCCCUGGAAUGCAUGAGGAGUAUUGGAACACGGGAGGUAGUCACCCAGAAGAACUUGUGUGGCCUGGUGCCCAUCCGUGAUUUCAGGCUAGAUCCCAGUCUUCUCUACUCUAUUCCUUUACUAGCUCUGAGCCCCAAUUUACUGAUUGUGUGGCUGUUUCUGAGCGUGGCUUACCUGGUGGCCAGAUUACGUUGCAAAUGAAGAUCAGUUUAAAAACAAAUAAAGCCAAAAUCCAAUGAAGUGCCAGAAUUAUUUAUUGCCACCUGGUACCUAUUUGUCAAAAAGGAAUGUCUCAUAGCAUUGUCUGCCAGGAAUUAUUAUUAUUAUGCCUUACAAUUUUGUGUUUCUAUUGUACUAAACCUGUAAAUACACAUCAAAUUAUUUUAUGAAAAGGAAUUGUAUUGAACGCUUAAACUGUUGUUACACUUUCAGUGCUUGUAACAUAAUCUGACGGCAGCCUGAAGAUUAAUUUCUCCUACCAAAUAUUUUUCAGGCAUCCAAAUCCUGUGUAUCUUUCUCUCACUCUUUAAUCACAUACAGUUUUGUUUCAUGUGUUUCAUGUAUUCGGGAGAAAGGAACUCUGUCUAAAAAUAAUUUGUAUCUUUUUUGUAUAUUCUUAACAGUAUGUCAUUCUUGCCUUUCAUAUUAACGUGAUACGUGAACAAAAAGGCGGGGCUUGUAACCGUUAUCUAAAAAUAUGUAUUUGCACACCUUUCUGCUUUGAUUUUCACCCAUACUUCCUAAAUUAUUAUCAGAGCUUCUAACUAUAUAUAUAUCCUUUUCUCAUAGUUAGAUAAAUUGCAACAUAUUAUAUCCAUUUUAAAAAUAAUUAACUUGAACAGCAGUGUACUGCAUGCAAUAUACUUUCAGUAUAUUUAUAUACCUACUUUUUUAUUCUAUCAAAAAGAGAAGAGAAUGUAGAAAGUGUAGCUUAUUUGAUCAUCAUUCUAUUUACAUCUUCUUUGGAGAAAUAUUUUUAUAUUCUAUGGUAACACCAUAUGUGAAUAGUAGUAUUUAAUAUUGCCAUAAAAGAUGCCCUAAUUCAUUCAACUCUGUAUUAAAUGUUAAACCUUACAAUAUCUGAGAGAUGCUUACAUAUAUCAGUAAGUGUCCCCAGAAAAAAUAUACUAGAAUUUCAAUGGGCAACAACAGACAAUUAUCACUUAUUUUCUACAUGGUUAUUUAGUGAAAAUAAUUGGAUAUUAAAAGUAAUAAGACAGACAAGACUUCUAAAUGUUAUAUUCUGUUGCACUACAUCCCACUUAAAUUAAUAUAUUGGAUCACAUUAAUUUUGAUGCCCAACAUUGAGUGAUUUGUAUGUUACCAGAGUUGAAUGGGAACUGCUGCAUUCUCCUUUUAUGUUGGGCAUCAAAAUUAAUGUGAUCCAAUAUAUUAAUGUAGGGCAACAGAAUACAACAUUUAGAAGUCUCUUGGAAAUUUCCACUGCAUGUACUGGGCUUUUUCAUAUGAGGAAUCAAUGCUAGGCUUGCAAGUAGCCAGUUGUCCCAUUAAUUGCACCAUCAGAAAUCUUCUUUCUUCAACCAGGCAAGAAAACGUAAUGUACUCCAAAUUAUUAAUAGAAUAUUAUAUUAUAUGGGUCCAUAGUCCUUUAAAAAGCUAUCCAACAAUAUGAACCUGAUAAAUUCAGUACCUUGGACAAUUACUUUGAAGUUUAGCUCAAAAUCCAGAGUGCGUUCACUCCCCUGCUGAGACCGAAGCUUCCAGGUGUCACUUGUUUAUUUUUGAGCUUUGUUGGCAAAUAAUCGGUCCUUUGCUUCUAACUAAAGCAAGAUGGUUAAGUCCCACCAAUUUGCGGGUCCCUUUUAGUGGGAUUAAUUGGCAUUUGCCCCAGGCGGAAAUAAUAAUAACAAUAUAUAAUAAUAAUAGUAAUAAUAAUAAUAAUAAUAAUAAUAAUAAUAAUAAUAAUAAUAAUAAUUUAUUUGUACCCUGCCCUAUCACCCUGGGAGAGGGGUUCAGGGCAGUUUCCAACAAAAGAGGCAAAUAUUCAAUGCCAACAACACACAAAUAACAGAUAAACAAUAAAUAAAAUAAUCGCAAUAUAAAGCAUACAGUAACGAAUUGCAAAGGAACGAAAAAUUAUACCAUCUAAUGACUUAAAUAAACAAAUUGUGAUACAUCACAAACAUUUACCACAUAUUUAACUAACAGUUAAAACAUAAAAAUCAUGUGGCUUUGUACUUUUUCUUUUACAUUGCAUGCAGCUGUUAGAAUUUCACAUCUUUAGCGAUGCUGGCUACAGCUGCUGGAAAUUUAGACUAACAACAUCUGGAGAGCUGCAUCUUCCCAACUUUGAUUUAGCCUUUUGGCAACUGCUGUACAUGUACAGUUUUGUCUGUAUAUUUAAGUUCAGAAGAAAUUGUUAUUGUUUCUAAUGAAUUUGGAUGUCAUCCUAUAUCUACAGAUAUAUCCAGCCCUCCAUAUCCACUGCUUCUACAUUCACAAAUCCAACCAUCCAUGGCUGAAAAUAUUCCAAAAUUCCAAAAAGCAAGCCUUAAUUUUGCUAUUUUAAAUAAGGAUCACCAUAUUACUAUGGUAAAAUACAGUGUUUUGGGGAAAUGAUUAUAAAAUAACUUAUCCAUGAAAUUAAAUCACAUAUAUUAUAGUUGAAUUAAAGAUACCAGCUCUGCCCAGUUCCGUAAAAAGAUGAAAAAAGGUAAAGGGAAUAUUAAUCCUAUUGAUUUCAACAUGAGACAUAAUCAUUUACUUUAUCCUCCCCCAAAAUCAAAAAAGCUUUUUAAAAGAACAUGUGUGAUUCGAUCUUGCCUUAUACUGCUCAUGGAAUAAAUGAUUAUAAAUCAAACCCCAGUGCACUUUGGAAACAAUGUUGCUCCAGUUUGACAAAGAGCAUGUUAAAUGUUUCUGUCCUUAGUUGUUGAAAUAUGAAUGAGCUAUAUCGUAGCCAUAUGUUUUUCUUAUGCUUCUGCACUGGCAUGUAACCACGUUUCUUUUCUUUUGUUUUCUUCUGUGUUCAAAGGAGCCAAAGAAAGAAAAAUAGGAAAUAUAUUUUGAUGGUCUAUGUAAAUUGAAAUGAUGUGCUUCCUUGUAUAGCCGUUUUUAAGCACUGUGUUUCAUAAAACUGAGUGGCCUUUGCAAUGGAUUUCAGGAUUAUGAUGAAUAAGUGCAAUAGAGUAUAGAACCCAGGCUCUAAAUGUUAAAGUAGCCACUAUUGUAGCAUUGCUGGGUGUCUUAUAGUCUGUACCAAGUAGGAUAUCUCUUCCCAAAUUUUGUGUGCUACUCCCUUUGCUCUGUUCACAAGCUACUUUCAUUGCCAAUCUCUAACCUGUGAUUAAGAGAGCAAGCUGGCAGUGCUGUUCACCCCUUCUUGUAUUUUCCACUUUGUCCUUGAAUUUUCUCCUUCCUUUCUCUUUCUUCUGUAUUAAUCAUGGUUUCUGGAUAACAAGGUUAACUCAGAUUUCCAUAGGAAGCAAGAUUUAAAGGUGGCUCACUGCCCUUCCUUGGUUAAUAAGGAACCUGGUUAGUCAUAGUUAACAUUGAAACAGUAAACCACCGUUAAAUCCUGGAAGUGAAGAGAUUGGAUAUUUGCCUUGGAGAAGAAUGGGGAAGGGGUUGCACAAACCCAUAGCCCCCUUGAUUUCCCAGGUUAGAAGCUUAGCAGCAUUAUAUGUGUGAUAGAUAAAAAUGAGAAAAUUUUGCAUAGCUAAAUGUUGAAAAGUUUCUUGCAUUUGGGUGAUGUCUGGAUAUGAAAAAGUCAUCCCCCCAAACCAACCAAAAAGUGUACAAGUUUCAGGGACAGUGAUUGUGUUAGUGCUCAUUUAUUUUCUUCAAACAGACUGUUUGUGCUUGACAGUUUAUCCGGUGAUUCUUCCAACCUUCAGUAAAGCCGUUGCUGAACUUA